GGGGCGGAGCGAUCGUCUUUGAGUUUUGGGAAGGCGAGGUGUGUAUUCGUUAGAACUAAAAUAAAGUUAUUUCCUCUGCCUGCCUGCAUUUCCUACCAUUGAAAAUGGCGUCAGUGUCUUUGGCCAACACCAGCUUCUCCCUGGAUCUGUUCAAGAAGAUCACAGAGAAAAACAAAACGGGCAAUGUCUCCUACUCCCCCCUCAGCAUCUCCUCUGCUCUGGCCAUGGUGUCUCUGGGGGCCAGGGGUAACACCGCGACUCAGAUGUCAGAGGUCCUGCAUUUCGAUAAAGAUAACAUAAAAGUCCAUGAAGGCUUCAGCAAGCUCAUGAGUGAACUGAACAAGGAAGAAUCUAUGUACAAGCUGAUAACAGCCAAUCGCCUGUACGGAGAACAGUCUCACCAGUAUUUUGAGACUUUCCUCCACGACACCAAGAAGCACUACAAUGCAGAGUUGGAGGCUGUAGACUUCAUGUGCAAUGCAGAGACUGCUAGACAGAACAUCAACACUUGGGUGGAGAAGCAGACCGCAGAGAAAAUCAAGGAUCUGUUGCCAAAGAUUGUUGAUGAAAUGACCAGUCUGGUCUUGGUUAACACCAUCUACUUCAAGAGCAACUGGGACAGGAUAUUCUUACAGACCAGCACCACAGAUGCCAUGUUCAAACUGAACAAGAAUCAGAGUAAGCCAGUGAAAAUGAUGCACCAGAAGGACUAUUUCCCCCUGACCUUCAUCCCAGAGGUCAACUGUCAGAUUCUGGAGUUGCCCUAUGAAGGGAAACAACUGAGCAUGCUCAUCAUGCUUCCUAAUGACAUUGAGGACGACACCACUGGACUGGAGAAGCUGGAGAAGCAGCUGACCUUCAGAAACUUUGUGGAGUGGACCAAGCCUGACAAAAUGAAAGUGGAGCAGGUUGAAGUGGGCCUGCCCAAGUUCAAACUGGAGGAGAACCUGGAACUUGGGGAGAUGCUGGUCAGCAUGGGCAUGAUAGAUGCCUUCGACAAAACCAAGAGUGACUUCUCAGGCAUGUUGUCCAACAACGACCUGGUUCUGUCCAAGGUGGUGCACAAGGCCUUUGUGGAGGUCAAUGAGGAGGGCACAGAGGCAGCAGCUGCUACUGGAUCUAAGAUCGAAUUUCAAUGUCUAAUACUAAAUUGGGCUACAUUCAUUGCCGACCACCCCUUCUUGUUCUUCAUCCGCCACAACCCCACCCAGAGCAUUCUUUUCUCUGGCCGCUACUCUUCCCCUUAGACAUUUAGCUACAUGACAUGUGGAGGGAGGAGAGGGUGUUCAAGUAAUGAAUUAUAGCAACAAUAAUAGUAUCCAUUAUCUUAGAUCAUUUUCUAGAUGACUGGGUCACUUAUAGUAAACUAUGAAUAGUAACCCAACAUUAAUUCCAUGUUUUGCUUGUUGCACUCAUCUGUCUGUUUCAAGAUGGAAAAUGUUUGUGAUUUAUUAAAAUAAAAAUGUCUC